AUGGAUUCCGGGGACGACUCGGGCUCGGACCCGCCACUUGGAUCCACAUUCUCCUCGGUACCCAAUUUAGACUCUGACAUCAAUAACAAGAGGCCUAUCUAUGAGAACGGUGGGCAGCGGAAUGUCAACAUAGAAACGGCAGUGCUGCGUGGGGCAAGCGACCCGAGCGCGUCUCCCUUAUCGGACUACCGGGGACUCGUCCGCCAGAGGUUCAUUCGCAGGAGUUUGUGGUUUUCGGACACGGACGACCAAGCGUUGGACGCGCCAGAAUGCGGUAACAGCACUCCAGUGCUCAGCGUCCACCUGCGCACCAUCGUGGACCGAACCCGAACCCUCGCGAUCGGACCACGCGUGGCUUUCCAGGUCCAGGAGAGCUCGAGCACCGAGAGCCAAGUGGGGCAGAAGGACAGCGCAACUGAAAACGUAAACGCGGAUGAGGAGAAGGAGAGGAGCGCGGCUGAGCCAAAACCAGAUGAUGCAGCUGAACCAUUGACUGAUACCACUGGGAAAGCUGGGAGUGAUGAAAACGAGGAUGAGAAGGAGAUGAAAGCCGUGUCCACCUCACCCGGGGGCCGGUUUCUCAAAUUCGAUACUGAGCUCGGGAGAGGGUCUUUCAAGACUGUCUACAAAGGUCUGGACACAGACACAUGGGUAGAAGUCGCUUGGUGUGAACUUCAGGACCGUAAACUGACUAAAGCGGAGCGUCAGAGGUUUAAGGAGGAGGCAGAGAUGUUGAAGGGUCUCCAGCACCCCAACAUUGUGCGUUUCUAUGACUUCUGGGAGUCACCGGUCAAAGGGAAGAAGUGCAUCGUUCUUGUGACAGAGCUCAUGACCUCAGGGACACUAAAAACGUAUCUGAAGCGUUUUAAGGUGAUGAAGCCCAAGGUUCUGAGGAGCUGGUGUCGACAGAUCCUGAAGGGCCUCCACUUCCUCCACACCAGGACCCCUCCCAUCAUCCACAGGGACCUGAAGUGUGACAACAUCUUCAUCACCGGCCCCACCGGUUCCGUCAAGAUAGGAGACCUGGGAUUAGCUACGCUGAAGAGGGCAUCCUUCGCCAAGAGUGUCAUCGGCACCCCAGAGUUCAUGGCCCCUGAGAUGUAUGAGGAGCACUAUGAUGAGGCGGUGGACGUCUAUGCCUUUGGGAUGUGUAUGUUGGAGAUGGCCACCUCAGAAUACCCCUACUCCGAGUGCCAGAACGCUGCUCAGAUCUACCGCAAAGUCACCGGCGGGGUGAAGCCUGCCAGCUAUGAUAAGAUCAGUGACCCAGAGAUUAAGGAGAUCAUCGGGGAGUGUAUCUGCCAUUGGAGGGAAGAGAGGUACACCAUAAAGGACCUCUUGAACCAUGCCUUCUUUGCGGAGGACACAGGCGUAAGGGUGGAGCUGGCCGAGGAGGAUGAUGGGAAAAAGAGUUCCAUCGCCCUCAAGGUGUGGGUGGAGGACCCUAAGAAGCUGAAGGGGAAGUACAAGGACAGCGGGGCCAUCGAGUUCACCUUUGACCUGGAGAAAGAGACCCCAGAGGGUGUGGCCCAGGAGAUGGUGGAGUCGGGCUUCUUCCUGGACAGCGAUGUGAAGAUAGUAGGAAAGUCCAUCAAGGACCGAGUGGCUCUCAUCAAAUGGAGGAGGGAUCGGACCGUCCCUGCAGUCGAGACCCAGAUCCAGAACCUGCUACAGUUACCCAGCAUGGGGUUACCACCACAGGGGGCGCCACUGGCCCCAGCAGAGUCUGAGGAGGAAGAGGGUGACCAGCCCCUUACCCUGUUCUGCAGCCUGCCGGCCCCAUACAGUCAGCACAGUGCCCCCUACCAGUCCCUCCCAGAGCCCAUAUCUACACCCCAGGUCUACAGCCCACCUGUGCAGUCCCAGGCCCAGCUGCACCAGGCGGCCUACCAGCAGCCCACUGCACAGCCUCCGCAGGUGGCCUACUCCCAAGCUACUACCACACAGUUUCAUCAGGGGGCCUACCAGCAACAUACAGCACAGCUGCACCAGGGGGCCUACCAGUCUCCAACUAAUCAUCAGUGUUCCUACCAUGACUCAAUCAGUCAAUCAGUCAAUCACCCCCAUCCUGCCAUCCUGGUUACAAAGCCCAUACAAUGCCCCUCUGACCUGCCCCUGCCCCACUCCCACUCCUGCAGAGCCUGUGCGAGCUUCGACCUUCUACUGAGGACCAGGAUGGAGGCCGGGGAGUCUCUAGGCCACCCCCACAUGCCCCCCCUCCCUCCCUCUCCCCAGUGCUCACCAUUCCACACCCCCUCACCAAUCUCCCCCCACCUCCUCUCACUGCUCAAUCUCCCUCCAAUCACCUCCUCCCUGUCUGCUCCUCCAUCUCCCUUCUGGACCACACCCUCACAUCUUGCCCCACCUCCUUACCUAUUGGUCCGCUCCUCUAGUGGAGGUCUGUCCCUGCUCAACCACUGUCUAAGACACAUCGUCAGUCGCAGGAGCAGCUCCCCAACACCGAUAGACACCCUGUACUGGCCCAGCCAAAGCUAUGGAAAGGCUGGGCUUCGCAGGACCAGCUCCCCUAUACCACCAGACACCGGGGCCUACUGGCCCGGCCAAAGCCAGCCCACCUCUCCUGUGCCUGAGCAUUCUAAUCAAGACCAGGGCUUGGGCUUGGGCCUGAGUUUGGAAAAGGCUCUGCUUCUAUCGCCACAUGACAGCGAAGGCAGACCAGGUGGUCCAGGUGGCUCAAUGCCCAGUACAGGAUUGACCCAGCCCCAGGCUCAGCAUAUCUCUGCUCCAGCCAUCCCAGGGCCUACAGUACAUACGAGCAGACCAGCUGCAACACAGAGCUUCCCAGCUGCUGCCCAUAUCCCCACUGGACAGGCACAGCUUACUGCUACUGCCCAGCCCAACCAGAAGUUGUCUACCAGUCAGCCUCUACCUGAGCAGUGCUCUGACAUCACCAUCAGUCUUGUCCAAUCAGCUGCCUCCCUGGACAGCAGUGCUCCUCCCCCUCUACAGCAGCCUGCCCAGGCCACACCCCCUCUCCAGCCACUACAGAUCAAGACACAGAUCCAGACUGGUGCCCCUCAGGACCCCCAGGGAGAGGCUCCGGUGUCAGCACUGGCCCCGCUCCACCCCGUCCAGCCUGCCGUCCUGUCCCCUCCUUGGAAGGGGAAUGUGGUUGACCCCGACCCUGCUGCUGCAGCCGGGUCUGAUCAGACACUCCCUGAGAGCCCAGCCCCGGCCCCACCCCUGGCUCCGGCCUCGGCUCUGGCUGUAGCCUUGCAGCAGGCUGGCACCCAGAAAGGUGCCAGCCUGCCCACGACUCAGCAGAACCUGGACACUGCGUCCAUAUCUACCGUUUCCCAACCUGAGGCACGUCAAGAGGAGCCAGUGCAAGAGAAACCCAUGGCGUUUCACAGUUAUGCAGGCUAUGACAGUUUCAACUCAGAUGUGGCGUCGGGUAAGGAGAUGAGUGAUGGCUACGAUGGCUCGGCCAGCAGCGGGAAGGGGGAUGGGAAGCCCCGGAAACACCACCGCAAGUCGACCCGCACGCGCUCACGCCAAGAGAAGACCAACAAGCCCAAACUGAGCAUGCUCAAUGUGAGCAACACAGGCGAUAAGAUGGUGGAGUGCCAGCUGGAGACCCACAACCACAAAAUGGUAACCUUCAAGUUUGACCUGGACGGAGAUGCUCCAGAAGAAAUCGCUAUUUACAUGGCAGAGAAUUUCUUCAUCCUACCCAUAGAGAAGGAGAUGUUCAUUGACCAGUUGAAGGACAUCGUGGACAAGGCUGAGGACAUGCUGAGUGAGGACAUGGAGGGAGAGACGGACUCCGCUUUGGGGGGCAGUCCCCAACUGGGACACACCUCUUGGGGGCCGGGGGGAGAGAGUCAGCAGCCUGGAGCACCCCAGCCUGUUUAUCAGCAGAAUGUGCUUCACACUGGGAAGCGAUGGUUCAUCAUCUGCCCAGUGGAGGAGACUCCCACCUCCAACCAGGAUGGGACUGCAAACAUGUCUGCCGAUGGGACUACAACUACUCAACAUGAUGGGACUACAACUACUCAACAUGAUGGGACUGCUCAGCCUGAUGGAAGUGCGGUGCCAGGCAAGUCUGCCAAUGGUGGCACUGCAGGGACUGCAUCAGGCAGAGUAUCAGCGUCCUCCUCCAUAGCUAACUCUGUGUCUGGGGGGAGUGGAGGCUUCAACUACGAGGGCUAUGGCCUCUGUAGCCCUCCCAUCCUAUCCUCCACAGACCCUCUCCUCCUGGCUAUGUCCCAUGUCUCAGCUCCCUCUGGCCCCCCAUCUGUCCACCCAGGCCAUCCUCCAGAGGGCCAGGUCCACAGCUCUACCCUGCCCAGGCUGCAUCACACUCAGUCAGCCUUGGCUCUGCCAGCUGCCCCCUCUGAAGGUCCCCGUAGCUCCCUGCCUGGAGAGGAGCACCAGGGGGGAGGGCGUCUUGGUGCCAUCUCCCCCAUCCUUGCCGUCCAGCAGAUGGCGGAGAUGGCAUGUGCUGCCUCCAUGGUGGAGGAGGUGCCCUGCUGCCCACUGGCCAUGCCAAUGUCCCUGGAUGUGAGUGGUGGAGCCCAGGGGAACGCAGCUACUCUCACCCCUCUGCUCUCCCAGGACUCUUCUACCUCCUCGGCCAGAGAGUCCCUCCAACUCUCCUACCCCUCCGUUGCCCGCCCUGACCGCUCCCAGCCGCCUGUGGUGCUCCAGCAGCCCUUCUCCAUGGGUGGAGCAAAGGCCCCCUCGCUGCCCCAGAGCCCUGCCCCCCACCAGCACACGGCAGGGGGGCCCAGUGAGUCGGAUGGGGAGGGGCGAGGGGUGGGGGGCCGAGGGGGCUUUGUGGACAGCACCAUCAAGACUCUGGACGAGAAGCUGAGGAACCUGCUGUACCAGGAGUACGCCCCCAUGUAUCCAUCAGGCAGUGCUGCGGAGACGCCAGGCUCGGGGACGGAGUACGUCCAAUCUCCUCCUGGGCCAGACAGCGCCACCUUGGGUUCAGGAAGCAGCACCCCCCUACCUAUGGGGGAAGGGCGCUACCGGACAGGGGAACAGCUGAUGAUCACAGGCCUUCCUGAGGUGGUGACGCAAGAAGAGCGGAAGCAGAGGACUUGGAGCAGCGCUGCCUCCCCGGCGCACCCUGCUGGCCAUCUCUCAGACCACCGCAGCGCUGCUUCCCCGGCGCACCCUGCUGGCCAUCUCUCAGACCACCGCAGCGCUGCUUCCCCGGCGCACCCUGCUGGCCAUCUCUCAGACCACCGCAGCGGUGCCCAGGCCGCCUUCACCAUUAUCGGACGUUUCUCAGUGGUCAGCACCGAGGACCACGUCACCCUGAGGACCUGUGGCAGCCGCUACUCCGCCCCGCCAGACUUCUACCUUGAUACACCCCCCGCCAUGGCCAAACGGGGGUCGUUGCCACACGCCUCCACAUCCACCUCCGUGUCUGUUGAUGUUACAGUCCACGCUCACGCGCGCUUCUUGUCCUCGGACUCGGGGGCGGAGAGUAGUCCGGCCAAGCUGGCCCCGGCCACGCCCUCACGCCACGGUCGCUCAGGGGAGCGUAGAGGAAGUGACCUCAUGAAGAGAGCGGUGGCUUUCCUGCGCCGUUCAGGCCGUAGUAGUAGUGUGCAGAGCUCUGAUUCGCUGAGCUGGCAGAGGGGCGUGCAUGGCUCGGCCUAUGUCAGCAGUGAUAAUGACUCUGAGAUAGAGGACUCGGAUAUGAAGAGAGAGCUGACCAGACUCAGGGAGAAACAUUUAAAGGAGCUCUCGGAGCUGCAGGCGCACCACAGAGGGGAGAUAGAGCUGCUGUACCGCAGGCUGGGUAAAGCCACCUCACCCUCCCUGGGUCUCUCUCACACACUUCCCCCCAAGCGGAGGAGCAAGCACAAGCACAAACUGAAGGCUGGAAAACUCCUCAGUCCUCUGGUACAACAGCUGAGGCAUGUCACCACCAAAACCAGCGACUCUGGCAAAACCAGUGAGCCUACAGUCAGUCUGAACGGGUCUCCAGCCAAAGCUCCAGUAGAGUCAGACAGACGAGCCCGUUCAGGUACCAGUCACUUGGAUACGUUCACCUCCACCUCUGAACCCGUCCAGACCAAGCAGCCCUGCUCCCUCAAGGGUUCCCUCUCUUCAGACAACAUCUACGCUGGAGCUGGACUACAUGGAGAGAGGACAGGACCACAAGCUUCACCAGGCCAAGGCUGGCCGUCUUACCCUCCACCACCAGAGAGAGUGACCUAUAAAUCCAGUAGCAAACCACGCGCUAGAUUCCUCAGUGGGCCUGUGUCUCUGUCUAUCUGGUCAACUCUGAAACGACUCUGCCUUGGAAAAGAACGUGGAAGGGGGACUGGAGCAGGCCCAGGCCCAGGUGCAUCCACCCAGCCUCCCCAACAACAGACAGCCAGCUCUACCCCUCCUCCCCACCAGCCAGUAGCAGGGUUGGCCCAAGCCCAGGCCAACAACAGCAACAACAAGACAGGCACCUACACCGGCACCUAUAUGGGCUCCUACACAGAGUCCUUCACAGACUCCCCUCACAGGAUAGUGGAUGAUUGGACCAUGGAGGCCCUGGGUGUCGCCCGGCGCCCGCGGACCAGCUCCCUCAGCCUCAGUGGGCAACCACUUUGGAACGAGGACCCCAGGGGGCCCAGAACAAGAGACAGACUGUUCAGCACUCCAGAUGCACCUGCCAGGACAGCCCCUGGCUCUGAAGGCCCCCAGCUCCCCCUGUCAUGGCCGAUGAUUGACAACCAGGCCCUGGGCUCAGUGAUGAAGACCAGCUCCCCGAGACAGGCAGGGUUCCAUCCUGGCUACGUGCUGGCCCAUUCAGGCCCAGACCUGUUUGGGGGGCUGCUGCUCUCGCCCCUCUCGCCCCUCUGUGUAAGCCUUUGGACUGAGCUGCUGUCCCCCUUGAGUUCAGGGGUGUUUGCUUUACCUGCCGUGCCCCCAACCUGGGGCACCACCACCCCUGGUCCACCCUACGAACCACCCGACCCCAAACCCAGGAACCUCUAA